AAAAACCAUGUAGAUUUGUGAGCGUUCACGUGGACUAAAAGGGCAAAAUGUUGGUCACCUUGAACACAAAUCCAAACUCAUUUAUCUCUUUAUGUGCAGACAGAUUUUUAAAAAUCGCCCAUGUUUCUCUUUCAUUAGUAUGCAGAUGUGGCGAAAUGCCUCUCAGCCUGCUUGCGGUGUCAGUAUUGGACUGACCCGAGAACAGACUCCUGCCAUAAAUGAAACAGCUGUCUAAUGCACCGGCUCCACGCUGGUAGUGGAGCCGCGUUAGGCUCCCUCCCCAAAUGACUGCCGUGAUAGGAAACGGUGAUGACGACAGCGCGUAAAUCGACCGCUGGAAACCAGAGAGAUGCUCCGGUUACGCUGUGUGUGCGGUGAAGACAAGUGCCUGCCUGCCCGCCUUCCUUCCUUCCUGCCAGCCGACACGGUAAAAACAGCGGAACUCCACAUCCAGAGGACGGGGAGAGGUUUGGGUAGGCGCGCGUCCCCGGAUGGAUUGCAAGUGGGGAUGGUGCGCUUUCUGAUUUUCUGAUCUUCCUCCCACCGACACCACUGUGAUUUUUAAAAAAAAAAAUAUAUAUAUUUUUUUUAAACAAGCUGCAAAUCAAACUUUACAAGCUGACCAGUCUGUUUUUAACAGUCAAAACUAAAAUCAACCGGGAAAAAAAAAGGGGAAAAAAAUGUCAACGACGCACGAGAGCUCCCCUGCGCCCAACCAGAGCCACCUCUCCACCGCAAGCUCGGACAAAGCGGACCCCUCCGGCAUGGAGAGACGGAUCCAGAUUCUCCUCUUCGGCUUGUGCGUAACCAUCGCCGCCGCCACCUUAGUUGGUGGCGUGUAUUCGCUCCUUUCGCUCCUCCGGAUGAGGAGGAAAACCUCGCUGUGUGUCAUAGUGGCUUCCAUGUCGGUGGACGACCUGCUCAGCGUGGUCCCCCUCUCCCUCUUCAUGCUCCUGCAGUGGGAGACCCGGCGGGGUGAGGGGUCCGGCGGUCUGUGCACUCUGUCCGGACUUCUUUACGUGUUCCAGGGGGUUUCCAGCAACAUGAAGGCGUGCCUCAUAGCAGCCUAUACUUUUUAUGUCACCAAGAGAUUCGGGGUGCUCCAGUCCGUCCGCCGGCCGCUGAGAGUCAUGUGGGCUAUCGGCGGCGUGUGGGCGGUGAGCCUGACCGUGAGCGUGCUACCUUUGUGCGGAUGGGGCAGCUUCGCGCGGGCCUCUCUCGGCUGUUUCCCGAAGAGCGACAGCUUUUACACCCUGCUGCUCUUCUCGUUGUAUCUCCUGUGCUUCUGUGGCUUUCUGGGUUUCUUCAUUCCCCUCACGUAUCAGCUGCUGUGCUCCAGAGAGCCCCAGAGGACGUUACUCUACCCGAGCUACCUGGACAUGGCGAGGGGACUGAGCGGCUCCGCUCACCUCUGUGAGCUCCCGUCGUCGUUCUCCCGGGACAGUCUGGACAGAAGUUUCGGAGCGUACAACGAGCUGAGCCCGAGUUCUUGCGGGACGGGGGUGAGGGAGAAGGAGGACAGCGGCCUUUCCCCUGUGUCCGCCGGCGGGCGUAGGGGGGCUUCCGUCGGAGAUACACCUGUUGUGCUCGCGCAGAAGCGCUUCUCCAUGAUUCUGGCGGUUCUUCGAGUCAUUUUAUGGAUGCCGAUGAUGACUUUGGUCCUCAUACGGCAUGCGGUGAACGCGCGCAGCUCUUCUCUGGAGACCCUGAGCUUCUUUCUCACUCUGCUUGCACCUGCGGUCACUCCCCUGUUUGUGCUGUCGGAGCGCUGGAUCCAUAUGCCGUGUGGCUGCUUCAUUAACUGCAAGCGGGCACAGGAGCCUUCAGAGAUGAAAAGAAGAUUUGAGUUCAACCUUUCCUUUCAGCAAGGCUACGGAGUCUAUAAGCUGUCACAUGCCACCAAGUCUCUGAGCAGCCCUCCUAUAGAAAAACCCACUUAUCACAGCUUUUUUAACUGUGACUUCCCAAAUGCACGCCUCGACGCGCUGGAACCCGGCGGGCUCUCGGGAUUGGGCCCCACUUUUGAUUUCAGCACCUCGCUGCCGGCGGACAGCUCGUCUCACGCCGGUCUCUUCUUGGAGGCCGGCGUAGGGGGCCCGCUGGUUGAUCAUCCCGCUCUCCCCCACGUCAACCACAGGGACGAUGAGGAAUUCCACUGCGUCCCCUCGCUGCCUUCCCACCUGCGGGAAAAGGAUCACGCUCUGAACGACUCGUCGUCGGUUUUCGACGGACCGGAGAGGAGGCUCUCGCACGAGGAGUGCAGGAAAAUCGAGCUGACGGACUGGGAGUGGUGCCGAAGUAAAUCAGAGAGAACGCCCAGACAGAGGUCCUCAGGUGGUCUUUCUAUACCUCUGUGCGCCUUUCAGGGCACUGUGUCUCUCCAAGCACCCACAGGCAAGACGCUCUCUCUUUCCACCUAUGAGGUCAGCAGCGACGGCCUCAAGAUCUCCCCGAACAAUGCCAAGAAGGUCGAAGUGUAUCGCUCCAAGUCCGUCGGCCACGAACCCAGCGCAGACGACCCAGCGUCUGGGUCCCACGCCGAGGACACGAACGUCAGCUGCGUCGGCAUGGAGAUCGGCAUGGGGAUGGGCAUGGGAGCCGUGGUGGGAGACACCAACGUUAAAAUCCACCUGGAGGUUUUGGAAAUCUGCGACAACGAGGAGGCCAUGGACAGCGUCUCCAUCGUCUCUAACAUCAGCCAGUCCUCGACGCACGCCCGCUCGCCGUCGCUGCGCUACUCCCGGCGGGAGAACCGCUUCGUUUCGUGCGACCUGGCCGAGACCGCGUCCUACUCCCUGCUCAUCCCCAGCGGCGGCAACGCCGAGGCAGAGACCAUCAAUAUCACUAUUCCUGACACGGUGGAAGCCCACCGGCAGAAUAGCCGGCGGCAGACGCAGGAGAGCUCAGGGUAUCAUGAGGAUAUUCAGCUACUUAAUGAGGCUUACAGAAAGCAGGCAGGCGAGGGGGAAGAGUGAGAUAUGUACACAAUAACAAAGGAGGGGCCUCUCAGGGGGAGGCUGAAACAGCAACUCAGGCAGUAAAGUCAUGAAGACGAAUAUCCUAAUCAUUUCACAUCUUUUUUUGUUUCUUUACGAUCACAGCUUUAACAGAGCUAAGAGGUGAUGUGAACAGAGACUCAUAGAGUUAUAAUAGCCUCUUUGCUUACUCCUGUGUUUCUUCUUCAGGUAAAAUGAGGUGAAAGCACAUACAUAUUUUAUGUGUAAACUAAAUGGAGAAACAUAAGCCUGCAAGAAAAGACGUUUUAGAAGUAUUCAUACAGUUCAAACUUUUUCACAUUUUCUCUAAAACCACAUCUCUCCCUAGUGACAAACCUUAUUAUGACUUUAAAAAUGACUUUAAAAUGACUUUCAAGAAUUUCAAGAAUCUGAAACUUAAGUAUCAAUGUUAUCAUGUUAGUAUCGAUCUGAUACUGAUACAGACUUGAUAUCGAUAUUAUCCAUAUUUUGGAAUGACCCGCCCACCUCUGCUGUAGAUUUUCAAACAGAAUGUAUUCUUUUCCUUCUUCAAACUACUCAACACUUUUUUAUGGUCUACAACCACAAGCCACCAGAAAAGAUACUAAAGUCAGUGGUUGUGACACGACAAAUUGUGGAAAGGUUAUGCAGGUAUGGACACUUUUCCAAGGCACUGAAGUGUGGUGACGUCUUAGAUGAUAUAGAAAGACAGACCAGAAUAGGCACCAGAAUCAUCAGUAUUUCAUCUUAUAUAUAUAUAUAUUUUUUUUUGCAUGUGGCAGACUGUCACUGUGGAAUAGAUUCAGCAGCAGGAGAGAAAAAAAAAACAUCACUCAGAAAAGCUGAAGUCUGAUCACACGUCUCAUUUAAAAACAGCUCACGUGGCCUACGUCACCGGUGACUCAGCGGUGAGGGGAGGGCCCACCUGUCUGACUCAUUCAAGUGUAUGUUGGGGGCUUAGGGAGGAGAACAAAUCUGCUGUGAUGUCAGACAGACGAGCACCAAAAGUAUUCACGUCACACUGAGAAAAGGAAUGUGCUAUUUUUUUUUUACCGUCCUCGUAUUUUCCUUUAAGCCCAGCCGCGGUGUCAAACAUUUCAACGCUCGUCAGCGUCGCGUACCGAGGGCCAGGCCAGGUUGAAAGAUGAACAGAGAACGAGGUGAUGACUAAAGAUUAGAUAAAAGGGAUUUGUAUGCAGAACACUUUUCUGCCUCAUUCAGCUUCUCUGCCGUUCAAAUGAGUGACUGUGUAUUUUAUUUCUGCGGGCAGCGCAUAACUUUACACCCGGGUGCCACUUUGGGGAGUCGUUUAGUUGACUUCCUAUCCAAUCAGCGACUCAGUGAGACUUCUCACUGUCUACAUGCGGGAAUUUAGUACUGGAGAAAGGCACUGCUGCCUUCCAUAACCAUUUUUGAAUCACUGCAAAAGACAGUUUUAGAAGCUAUUAUCUAUUCUCAUAGGUAAUACCAGUGUUUACAUUAUUACUUCGAUGCACAUUCCCUCGCAUUUCCAGCAGUAAAUUAGAUAUUGUAAUUUAUUCUCACAAUUCAGAUGUACUUAAUUUCAUUUCACGAUGGUGUCUCCAGUAUUUUCAGCUUUGACUCAACACCCUCACUCCGACUGUGUGUGUGUGUGGAUUUCGCUUGCAGACUUUUUGGGUCGCUCGUUGCGUCAGCCUAAAAAAAGAGCUAAAAAAAUAUAGCUCCCUUCCUCCUGAAGACUGCCAUUAAAGAUUCAUUCCAGGAAAUUACCUCCACCAAUUUCUGAGAUCUCCUGUUUCAACUGCUCCGGGGGCAGAUUGUAGGAGAAAAAAUAAUAACAAUGUACAGGCAUACGAAUAAUGAUGAAUGUAGAGCUGUGUUUAGUGUCAACUUUUUUUUUUCUACUGUUAAUUGUGCCAAAGGUUGCCAGUUUGAGCAGCGCUUCACCUCCGCAGCCUAAUUAAAUCCAUCAUCUGUGUUGCUCAGUGUUUUACGGUUCAUUUGCUGUCCAAGCGUCGUCACAAACCACGUGAUCAAUAAACUCCUACUUGUUUUCAAAGAA